CACAGUGGGAUAAAAGAAGAGGAGAAGGGUUGAAUACUUUAUUAUCACAAUAGAAUCUUAAUGUAGAUUCUUUUAACAAGUGUUCUGAAUACAUCUAAAGAAUAGAGUAAAAGCAAAAGAGGAUCCACAGGCUGAUUUAUUAUAAAUGUUUAGCUAAGAGAAUAUGUCAGCCUUCAGGUUUUACAAGUUCCAAAGGUCUUUUAUUGUUCAUGCUGCUUCAGCAAACAGCUGAGUUCAACUUCGUCUUACCUUAGUUCCUGCACAAAUACAGGGUAGGAUCAUGGACAGGUGUCAGAAUCGUCUCCUUGUGCUGUCUCUGACUGCAGUGAUUGCACUGAAUACAUUGGGCAAUAAUGCUGAGAUUGUGGAACAACAUGUAACAAAUCUGACCAGCAAGCUCCUGCGAGUCAUUCCUCCCCGUGAAAACAAGUCCUCGGUCACUAAACUGAUUCUGGAGAGGAACCUGAUCAGUCUGAGUGAGUCGGACCGGUCAGCUCUGGCUACCUACAGCAAUCUGACUGAUCUACACCUGGAUGAGAACCUAGUCAUCGACAUAGGAGCAAAGUACUUCUCUGUAGUACCACACCUCAGGGUGCUGUCUCUGUCCUGGAACAACAUUAGCAGCCUGGAUCCUGAGGCUUUUUCAGGUUUAGAUGACUUGAGAAAGCUGGACCUUUCCCACAACCUACUCACAAAUCUUCCUGUUGUACUGCUGCAAGGGCUGAAGCAUCUACAGGUGUUGAACCUACAAGAAAACCCCUGGAACUGCUUGUGUGAGCUGCUGCAGAGCAUCAGAGAUGUUAAAGAAGCAGGCAUUAGCUUUGCUGCUCCUCAUGCCACAUGUGCUUCUCCAGAAGAGCUGACUGGAACUCAUCUUCUGGAAGCUACAUCUAUGUGUUUUCAGUCCAAUACAGACUCACCAAAACCACCACUAACAUCCACGAUGCCAAGACCUGCGCUCACAUCAAACCAGAGCUCCAACAACAGCAGAGACCAGACACCUACACCUGUGCUCGGAAACACAUGGAAGUUCACAGCCUGUGUUGCAGCCCUGGCCCUGACCACGUCCAUUCUGAUUGUAUGUGCUGUGAAAGGCCCUUCCUGGUACAAGAUCCUCUACAACUACCGUCACCACCGACUGCACCAAGCAGACGAGGGUGACGACGGGGAGAAGGUUGCGUCAACGGCGUUCUCUCAACACUGGCACCAUCAGACGUACAGUUUGAACGAGGGAUGGCAAGAGGGUACAGCACAUGAGGAGGAAGAGGAUGAGUACUUUGAGGAUCCUUACAUCAAGAGAGAGGAGUGAGAUCCUGGAGAGGAGUGGACUUUAAAUGACACUAGAAACAGCAGCUUUACUGGAGAGCAUUUAUCUCUUCACAUAAAGACAAUCUAUCCUUGUGUGUCCUUAAAGCUGGGUGCCAACUGGUGUUCUUUAUUUCUUCAUAAUGCCAUACCUCAGGGUGCUAUUUUAGUAUAGCUCUUAUUACGAGAGUGAACCAGAUGGAUUACUUAUUAACAGGAUAUAUAAAGUAUAUAUACCACCGGCUCUGUUAGCUAAGCCGUAUCACAGUUUUGUCAGUUUUGUUUGUGGAAUAUACCAAUAUCUAAAACUAAAGUCUCUGAAAAUAGCAGCAAAUAAAUAAUGCCCCCUAAAAGCCCUAAACUGAUUAAAUAAUAUUAUGAACCUCAUAGAGGUGUGAUUUAUUAUUCGUUAUACUACAAUAGCUCAACAGCUGCAGAAAACACUUGGUCUGUUUUUGCCUCUUAAUGAUACAUUAUGUAAAAACUCUAUAAACUGUAAUUUUUAAUGUGAGAGCAAAUGAAUAAUGGCUCAAUAAUGUAAAGCGCUUUGGGUGCCUUGAAAAGUGCUAUAGAAAUAUAAUCCAUUAUUAUUAUUAUUAUUAUUAUUAUUAUUAUUAUUAUUAUUAUUAUUAUUAUUAUUAUUAUUAUUAUUAUUUUAACUCCAUGUAAUGAUCACAGAAGGAUGCAAAUACUGCAUAUGGACAAAUAUUAUUUGGAGAGUGUACCAGUGUUUUAGAAUUCCAUUUUGUUAAUUGCUGUACACGUUUAUUGAUUAGGAUAAUACCCUUAAGAUGAACCAUCAUUUUAGAGAGGGUCCAACGUUCAGUGAGAAUAAACAUCUAAAAUUCUUAACCUAGGUGCAACAAAAAAAUAAUUAUUUCUGUAUAUUUGCUCAGUUAAUAUAUAAUCCUUAAAGCUUCUGGUUGUAUAAACUUAAUAUAUUAUGUAAUAAUAAUAAUAAUAAUAAUAAUAAUAAUAUUCAGUUACAAUAACUCAUUCAAUGAAUAGAAGGUUAAAUGUUUGGCUGAUGAGUAUCUAAUUCAUGAUUUUAUUUCUAGCAGGGUUUCAUUAGUGUGAUGGUAUUUUGACAGAGCACUGUAAUAUUUAACAAUGCCACAACAUAUAAUAAUUUCUAACAGAAUGUGAUGGGGUCUGUGUUGUAUAUUGCAUUCAAGCUGUUUACAGUAACAAAAUGUGACAAAAUGUGACUAAAUAAUAAAUAAUGAGGUUUUGUUUUGUUUUGUUUUUUACAUGAAUUGAAUGUCAUUAUACCUGUAGUGUUGUGAUGCUAAAUUCUGCACUGCUAGUCAUUUCAAAAGUGCAUUCUGAAAUACAAUUUCCCCACUGUGGCAUCAUCUUGAACUAUAUAACUAUGUGUAAAGGCAGAUUUAAAGCAGU